AUGAGAAAAACAAAAAAGCAAGAAAGAAUUUGUCAUUUAUGUCAUAAUACCCAAUCAACAAAGUGGAGAAGGGUAACUGAAGAUGCCUUGAUCAAAUGUAAAGAUAAUGGUAUUAGGUUAGAAGUUGGCAAGUAUCUAUGUAAUAUUUGCUAUGCACAAUAUAUUUCAAACUUUAUUUAUAAUUAUGAAGUAUUACAAAAUUCUAAUAUGACUUCUUUUAAUCUGAAAAAAAUUACUUUAGAAAUUGAUAAUAUAGAUUAUGAGAUAGAUUUUAUGAAUUCCAACAUUACUGAUGGUAACUUAAUAUUAAGGCAAGAUGCUGUUGUGCGUUCAUGUGAUGAAGCAAUGAUUUCUAGGGAUGCAUAUAGAUCACUUUCAAAAAAUUACCCAGAGUUAGAAAGUGAUGGAGCCUAUCAUUCAAUUAUACACAUAUUAAAUAUUAUAAUUCCUUUAUUAAAAUCUUCAAAAACAUUUAAUUUAUUUAAUUAUACAUUAAAAAUCAAAUUAAGUGGUGAUGGUCAUUUGGUUGGAAAAGUUCAGAGCCAAGUUAUAUUGACAUUCUGUCUACUAAAUGAAAGUGAAGAUGUCUUAAAACCAAGCCAUCAAUAUUGGUAA